CUGCGUAUAGUCAGCGAAGCAAAGCGAAGAGAUGGAAGAACCAACCAGCUGCUACGGUUACUACCACUACCUCGCCCUCGCCGUGGCCGUGCUGGUGCUCGUCCGGGUCACGAGGACGCGCGGCGGCGGCAGCGAUGGCGUCAGGCUGCCGCCGGGGCCGUGGCGGCUGCCGGUGAUCGGCAGCCUGCACCACCUCGCCGGGAAGCCGCUGGUGCACCGCGCGCUGGCGGACCUCGCGCGGCGGAUGGACGCGCCGCUCAUGUACCUCCGGCUCGGCGAGGUCCCCGUGGUGGUGGCCACGUCGCCGGGCGCCGCGCGCGAGGUGAUGCGGACGCACGACGUCGCGUUCGCGACGCGGCCGGUGAGCCCCACCGUGAGGAUCAUGACGGCCGACGGGGAGGGCCUCGUGUUCGCGCCCUACGGCGCGCUGUGGCGACAGCUCCGCCGCAUCGCCAUCCUGGAGCUCCUCUCCGCGCGCCGCGUCCAGUCGUUCCGCCGCGUCAGGGAGGAGGAGGCCGCGCGCCUCGCCGCCGCCGUCGCGGCGGCGGCGCCCCACGGCGAGGCGGCCGUCAACGUCAGCGAGCGGAUCGCCGUGCUCAUCGCCGACUCGGCGGUGCGCGCCAUGAUCGGGGACAGGUUCAAGAAGCGGGACGAGUUCUUGGAGGCCCUCGCCGAGGGGCUCAAGCUCGUCUCCGGGUUCAGCCUCGCCGACCUGUUCCCGUCGUCGUGGCUCGCCAGCUUCGUCACCGGCGCGGCGCGGCGGGCGCAGGAGAACCACCGCAAGAACUUCGAGCUCAUGGACCGCGCCAUCGAGCAGCACCAGGAGCGGCGCGCGGCGGCAGCGGCGGCGAGCGGCGACGUCGUGGAAGACGACGAUCUGGUGGACGUCCUCUUGAGGAUUCAGAAGGGAGGUGGCCUCGACGUGCCUCUCACCAUGGGGAUCAUCAAAGCAGUAAUCCUUGACCUUUUUAGCGCCGGAAGUGAGACAUCAGCGACUACAAUCCAAUGGGCCAUGUCGGAGCUCAUGAGGAACCCAAGAGUGAUGAAGAGAGCGCAAGCUGAGUUACGCGACAAUCUCCAAGGGAAGCCAAAGGUGACCGAGGAAGACUUGACCGACCUAAAUUACCUAAAGCUCAUUAUCAAAGAGACGCUGAGGUUGCAUCUGCCAGCGCCUUUGCUCCUUCCUAGGGAGUCGAGGGAGUCAUGCAAGAUCUUUGGAUAUGAUGUGCCAAAAGGUACCACUGUGCUUGUUAACGCUUGGGCAAUUGGUAGAGAUCCUAAGUAUUGGGAUGACCCCGAAGAGUUCAAGCCUGAGCGAUUUGAGGAUAGCAAGAUUGACUUUAAGGGUUUGGACUUUGAGUUCUUGCCAUUUGGGUCUGGACGGAGAAUGUGUCCUGGUAUAAUGUUCGCGCAGCCGAACAUAGAACUCGCGCUCGCCACCCUUCUCUACCACUUCGAUUGGAGCCUCCCUGCUGGGGUGAAGCCAAGUGAGCUAGAUAUGACCGAGGAGAUGGGCAUCACUGUUAGGAGGAAGAAUGACCUAUACCUACAUGCCGUCGUUCGUGUGCCACUCCAUGCGACGACACCCUAGUAUGUAGUUGUUUUUUCGCACACAAAUAUGUUAUGGAACAUUGAGAUAAAGGAAUAUUGUUCCUUCCAUUAUCUAAGAAAAACAUGUUCGCAGAUGAAUCUUUGAUUGAUAAUUUGAGAUAAAUUAUGCUCCUA